AUGUGUUUUAAUUUUGAUUCCUUUGAUUUUCUAGAAUGCAUAGUUUGUUUCAAGAGGGGGCAUACCGCCCAAAAUUGCGAGUACGCAAAGCGCGCCGCUGCGGCGGCCACAGAUGCUGCCGCUGAGGCUUCAAAGAGAGCAGCCAGGGCAGAGAAAGCCGCAGAAGCGGCCAUCUCUCUGGCAAAAAAAUUAAGGGAGGAGGCUGCCCUGGCUGCUCAGCAGCAGCAACCGCAACCGCAACAGCAGCAACCGCAGUACUUAAAUUAA